AUGCCUCCUCGUCGCCGUGCCCCCGCACAGUCCACUCUCGCCUUCGGUGCCCAGUCCCGGAUCACAAAGCCCUCAAAAAGCGCCACUACGAUAGAUAAGGGAAAAGAUAUUGACUCCCCGUUGACUCAAAAAACCGAAGAAUCGAUCUCCAAUACUCCCGAGCCUCAACAUGUGGUGGCCACCGAGCACUCCGCCCCCGCUGUGGCUGAGCUGGUCAUGCGCCAACAGACGACGACGGAUCGCAGGCCUUCACAAACACCAGAGGAGAAACAAGCGUUGAGGCUCACCUUGAAGGAUCUGAAUAAAUGGUGGAACCAGAAAGAAGGAAAGCCAAAGCCGGUGAAGGUUCAUGAGAGUGGCUUGAAGCUGGAGGAAAAGAUUCUUCGUAACUUCGACCUCACAGGUCAUUAUGGGCCAUGCAUCGGGAUGAGUCGACUACAACGGUGGCACCGGGCGCAACGAAUGGGUCUUAAUCCUCCCAUUGAGGUUCUGGCAGUGUUACUGAAUGGUAAUGAGACCAGCGAACGAUCGCAUAUGGAGGAGCUGGUUGACUGA